AUGCCGACCCUCGGGUUCCUGAAGAAGAAGCGCACGAAGGAGCUCGACUCGCCGUCGUCGCCCACCAAGGAGGCCUCGGGCGCGCCCAUCACCCCAACCACCUCCAAGACCCGCGCCUCGGGCUCGUUCCACCUGACCAAGACGCGCACCAACGACAGCGCGCACGCCCACACUGCGAGCCAGCAGUCGCCGCAGCCGCCGCCGCAGCCGCAGCAGCAGCCGCCGUCGCCCUCGCCGCCCGCGCCUGCGCCGCACAAGCCCACCGACUCGAUGAACCCCGCCUACAGCCCGCCGCCCGUUGCGAGCCCGCUCAGCAGCGCGCCCGCCGCCCACGUCGCCAGCAUCCAGAACCUGAUCCACCCGACCAACACCAACGCCAGCAGCGCCGCACCGCCCGCCGCCCGCAAUGGCGCCGUGCAGUUCCACGCCGCCGCCCCGCUCAACCUGGCCCGCGUCACCAAGGGCAAGUACUCGCUGACCGACUUCGCCAUCCAGCGCACCCUCGGCACCGGCAGCUUCGGCCGCGUGCACCUCGUGCAGAGCAAGCACAACCAGCGCUUCUACGCCGUCAAGGUGCUGAAGAAGGCCCAGGUCGUCAAGAUGAAGCAGGUCGAGCACACCAACGACGAGCGCCGCAUGCUGCAGCAGGUCAAGCACCCGUUCCUCAUCACCCUGUGGGGCACCUUCCAGGACAGCAAGAACCUGUACAUGGUCAUGGACUUUGUCGAGGGCGGCGAGCUGUUCAGCCUGCUGCGCAAGUCGCAGCGCUUCCCCAACCCCGUCGCCAAGUUCUACGCCGCCGAGGUCACCCUGGCCCUCGACUACCUGCACUCGCACAACAUCAUCUACCGCGACCUGAAGCCCGAGAACCUGCUGCUCGACCGCCACGGCCACCUCAAGAUCACCGACUUCGGCUUCGCCAAGGAGGUGCCCGACAUCACAUGGACCUUGUGCGGCACCCCCGACUACCUGGCCCCCGAAGUCGUCGCCUCCAAGGGCUACAACAAGUCGGUCGACUGGUGGUCGCUCGGCAUCCUUAUCUUCGAGAUGCUGUGCGGCUUCACGCCCUUCUGGGACGGCGGCUCGCCCAUGAAGAUCUACGAAAACAUCCUCAAGUCGCGCGUCAAGUACCCGCCCUACAUCCACCCCGACGCCCACGACCUGCUGCAGAAGCUCAUCACCCCCGACCUCACCAAGCGUCUGGGCAACCUGCACGGCGGCAGCAAGGACGUCAUGAACCACCCCUGGUUUGCCGAGGUAACGUGGGACCGUCUACAGAAAAAGGACAUUGACGCGCCCUACGUGCCGCCCGUUCGCGCCGGCGUUGGUGACGCCAGCCAGUUUGACAAGUAUCCCGAAGAGACAGAGGCGUACGGUCAGGCGGGAGAUGAUCCGUGCGUGGCGAAACCUCCUUACGAUGUAGAACACGUGCUAAAAUGUCCCAAUAGGCAUGGCCACCUUUUCCCCGACUUCUAG